GGGACCAUUACUGAUGGCACAAUUUUCCCUGCUACAGGCAGACGAACUGUAAUUGUGAUGAACCAUGAGGGAAAACGUCUUAGGGAGUAUGAAUUUGACCGCCGCAAUAAACCAUUAUUCACUGUUCCAAUGUAUAUCACCAGUACCAAUAGUGGUGAUAUAUUUGUAGUGGACAAGGUGGAUGCUACCAAUAGAGGCAGAGUAGUAAUUUUAGACCGAUUAGGAGAUAUCAUACAAAUAUAUACCGGUCAACCUGAUUUUGAAAUGGAGCGGAAACCGUUUAAUCCAAGAGACCUGAUAGUUACACCUUCUGAUACCAUUAUAGUUGCUGAUAUAAACAAUAAUACUUUGCAUUGUCUUAACUAUGACAGGCAAAUAAUAACUUAUUAUGAUAUGAGUACCAUUGGAAUUAAAUUUCCGCAUAGCCUUGGUCUAUUAUCAUCUGGAACUAUCUUUGUAGGUUGUAUCACCGUGGCUGGCAGAAAACACGCUACAAAGGCCAACAUUUUUGAGUUGGAAUAUUCAGAAAUCGAAUACUAAUAUUUUAUCAUGUGACAGUCUGGAUAUGGCGGUUAAUUCAUCCAAGCUUUUUUAAUACUCACUGAUUUUAUAAUUAUUCAAUGCGGGUUUUUUUUUUAUAAUAGAAGAAAGAUUUCUAACGAACUGACAAAUUGGCUAAGUGAGAGAAGGAAACCUACAAAAAUGGCGGAAAAAAAAACACUAGCCGCAUGAUAAUUUGUCUAAGUAGGACUCUUGGGCGCAUUGUUAUGUCAAAAAAUGUUGUGCAUUGUAUAUAUUAAUCGAGGAUAUUAUGUUACUAAAUUUACAUACAAAGUGUUAUGUGUUCAAACACUUCCACACAGUUGACCAAUAAGAAUCAUUUUCAGUCCCACUUUCUGUUAAAAUAUCCGAAAUGAAAGAGGCAUUCAGACAAUAUGUGUUCACACCUAAUAUGGGGCGAAAGUUUAACUAGCUCAAAUUUCCGAUGAAAGACUUGUCGUUAUAUAUUAACUGUUUGCAAAACUUUGACAUUUUUGGAAUACUAAUGAUUUUCAAUCCAAGGAAUCGAGUUUGACUUCAGCGCUCAUCUCAAUAUUAGAAUAUAUGACAAACAACGAGACGAUUUCAGUUUUGAUAUGAUACAUUUUUCUCACCUAAUCAACAAUAGACCAAUUUCACCCGCAUAUGGAUACACAUUUUUCAACUCAUACGAUAAUCAAGAGCUUGCAGCUGCUACUCAAACUUUGUAGAACGUCAUAGGUGUAUGAGCAAAAGAUUGAUGAACCAGGAAUUUGUCAACGAGCGUCUCGUACUUUUUCUCAAAACGUUCAUCGGAAAAAACAUAACAUGAGUACCAUUGGAACUAAAUUUCCGCAUAACCAUGUUCUAUUACCAUGUGCAACUAUUUUCGUGGGUUGUAUCAGCGUAGUAAACACGCUACAAAGGCCAACAUUUUUUAGUUGGAUUAUUUAGGAAUCUCGUACUGGUAUUUUAUUAUGUAGCAGUCUGGAUAUUGUGGUUAAGGUGGUACCAUUCAUCACCUUACUAAAACUAAUUUUGCUCGUUUAAUUUUCAUAAAAUUUUGACAAAAUAUUUACUUUGACCCUUAUAGAAGUUUGACAAAUACCAAUUUUGAUCAUUGAAAAGCUUAAUAUUUCCUUAACAAUAGAACUUGAUUAAAACGUUCAGCUAAU